AUGGAAAACGAAGAAAGGCCACAACCAGAAGCUCAGUACCAAAGAGAACUUGAAGGAGUUCGGAAUGAUGUGGCGCACCUAACCAGUAUGUUAGAGCAAAUGUUGAGAGCCAGAGAUGGAGAGGGAACGUCUACUCAACCUGAUGAAGCACCAGCAGCAGCUCAAAUUCCUGUCGCACCUAUAAACGUGGGGGCAAAUACACCAAAUAAGCAGCAUCCUAAUCCCACUCGGCCCAUCCAAAUCCCUAUUACAAUGGAUUUAACAAACGAGGACCCACAUGACGUCAAACUCUCUAAUCAUGAAGGGUAUGAUAAGUGGACUGCACUAGAAGAGAGGCUAAGGGCAGUGGAAGGAAAUGAUUUAUUUGACCCAGUUAGGGCUGCUGAAGUAUGUUUGGUGCCUAACAUUGUUAUUCCAAAGAAGUUCAGAGUGCCAGAGUUUGUUAAGUAUACCGGGAUGGAAUGCCCAAAGACCCAUCUCCGUUCUUACUAUAACAAAAUGGCAGAAGUUAUACACGAUGAUAAAAUGUUAAUUUACUUCUUCCAGGAUAGCCUGACAGGAUCGGCCCUUAGUUGGUAUAUGAGGCUGGACAAUAUUAGGAUCAAGAAGUGGACAGACUUGGCAGAUGCUUUCUUAAAGCAAUACAAGUUUAAUCUUGAGAUUGCUCCUGAUAGGACCAGUCUAAUUACCAUGGAGAAAGGAAAUCAAGAGUCCGUAAGGGUUUAUGCUCAAAGGUGGCGUGACCAAGCUAUCAAUGUACAACCUCCACUAAUAGAGACGGAGAUGGUGACACUGUUUGCUAAUACUUUUAGGGCUCCAUACUAUGAACACCUUAUGGGUAGUUCAGCACAACAUUUCUAUGAUGUGGUGCGGAUUGCUGAGAGGAUUGAACAAGGAAUCCGAAGUGGGAGAAUUGCAGAACCUAUAGAGAAGAGAGGUUUCAUUGGGAAAAAGAAAGAAAAUGAGGUGAAUAACCUAGAAGGUGGAUACAAAGGGAGAAGCAAAAACUACCAAACACCUACCACCCAAGUCACCAGUAUCAAUUUUGCCAAACCCUCCAUCCCAAACCAACCCAAUCAAACAAAAUUCCCAGCAAAUAACCAAAGCAAUUACCAAAGAAGAGACAACCGACCAUCGGAAGAACAAUUACCACCUUUACCAAUAACCUUAAAAGAGUUGUAUGCCAAGCUGUUGAGUAUUGGGCAGAUAGCUCCCCUACCCGUACCACCUAUGCAACCACCUUUCCCUGCCUGGUACAACCCCGAGGUGACUUGUGAAUACCAUGCUGGUCACGCAGGUCAUAGCAUUGAGGCUUGCUUUGCUUUUAAAAGGAAGGUGUUGCAACUGAUCAAAGUUGGAUGGGUCACUUUCGAGGAUUCACCUAAUGUGAAUUCAAACCCUCUACCCAAACAUGCUGUAGGUGGUAGUGGAGUGAAUACUAUGGAGGUCGAUAGCAAAGAGAACGUGCUAAGAGUGACCAUGGCAAGGCUAUAUGAAAUGUUGGUACAAUCUGGACAUUUGGAGAAACCAUCCGAACAUUGCAUAAGGGAAGAUGAUUUUUGCCCAUUCCAUAAAAAGAAAGGCCAUCACAUUGAUGAAUGCAUUGAGUUUCAUCAAAAGGUUGCGAGAAUGCUGACUUUAGGAGAGCUAAGGAUUGAGGCUGCAAGAGAUAACAAAGAGAUCAUGAUGAUAGAGAAUCAGGGGAAAUGUAGAAUCCAAUCAACAGCUAAUGGGCUCUCGAAAUUGGUAUUAACUAAGCCCCCGAUGGCAAACAAAGCAAACUAUGGAGCGAUGCCUGGAGAUUAUGGUUAUACCUCGAAUAUUGAAACUCCUUUGCCGCUGUUCCGAACUGAGAUAAGUGGACUAACUCGGAGUGGUCGUUGUUUCACACCUGAAGAGCUAGAGAAACAAAGAAAGGCUAAGGGCAAGGAGGUGUUGGACCUCGAUAAAGAGUUUGAGGUGAAUAAACCUGUGACUGAGGAAGAAACAAAUGAGUUUUUGAAAUUGAUGAAGCAUAGUGAGUACUGUAUAGUGGAUCAGUUGAAGAAAACCCCUGCCAAGAUCUCCAUCAUGUCAUUAAUACUCAGUUCCGAGCCGCAUCGUAAUGCUUUGCAAAAAGUACUGAAUGAGGCCUACGUACCCCAAGAUAUUGAACAAAAGACUAUGGAGCAUCUAGUAGGGAGGAUCCAUGCUGCCAAUUACUUAUAUUUCACGGAAGAUGAACUUGACGCUGAAGGAACUGGACAUAACAAGCCCUUAUAUGUCACAGUCCGAUGCAAAGAUUGUCUCAUUGGUAAAGUUCUCAUCGAUAACGGCUCAGCCCUUAAUGUGUUACCAAGGCAUAUGCUGGAUGAAAUGCCAGUGGAUCCCUCACACAUGCAACCCAGUGUGAUGACGGCUAGAGCCUACGAUGGCUCACCAAGGCAAGUGAUGGGGACAAUUGAGGUCGAACUAGCUGUGGGUCCACAAGUCUUUCUAGUAACCCUUCAAGUGAUGGAUAUCCACCCUUCCUAUAGUAUGUUGUUAGGAAGGCCAUGGAUACAUUCUGCGGGAGCUGUCACCUCCUCGCUGCAUCAAUGUUUGAAGUACAUUGCCAAUGGCGUUCUGGUUACUGUUAAGGCUGAGGAGACUAUAUCAAUGGUAAGAAAUGUGGCGGUUCCAUUCAUUGAAGCCGAAGAUUGUAAGGAUGGAAACCUUCAUGCAUUUGAAGUUGUGAAUACCGAGUGGGUACCCGAGAACACUGUGGUGAGAAAACCAGAACUCUCGGAGGCCACCAAAAUGGCCGCUAAAAGCUUUUUGAAGCACAAGAUUCCUUGCCCAUAUGUCAUCGAGAAAGGAAAACUUGAAUGGAUUGAUAUAAUCAAGCUGAAAGCUGCAGAACAGAGGUUUGGGCUUGGAUAUAAGCCCAAGAAAGAGGAUUACAAGCGAGCUGCUGGUGCAAGAAGGGAGAAAAGAAUGGCUAGGAUUGAAGGAAGGAAGCCUGAAGAAGAAAGCCUAGUCAUCCCUCCAAUCAGGACUUCUUUUCCAAAGGCCGCAUAUGUGAUGCAACCUGAUAAGGGACACGGAAACCUCUUUCAGAAGUUUUUUUCAAUAAACAUAAACACUCUGGAGGAAGACCAAGUCAAGAACAUUGCUGAGAAAAUUGAAUCUGGAAGAAAGGAUGAAGAGCUGCCACAAUUAACCAUCCACAUUUUGGAAGAAGUCACCGACAGGACUUUCAUUCGAAAGCUAGCCGAAGGAGAGAAGUUCCAGAAUUGGGAGACCCAAGAAGCUCCAUUGGUUUUCAAAAUGAACCCUGAAAGCGGAUCCUCCACAACAACACCUGCACUUUACAUUGAGAAUGAAUGGCCAAACUUUAAAGAAUACAUAGUAGCUGUAGAAGAUGAGGAAUGGGAGGAGAAAAACAUAGGGGAAUUCACAAAAUUAAUAGAACAGCAUGAACAGGCUUGGAGGCCCGCUAAAGAGGAACUUGAAACCAUAAAUGUGGGUAAUGAAGAAAUCAAGAGAGAGCUGAAAAUAGGGACUUUGAUCACUCCGGAAGAGAAGGAAGAGUUGAUUGCACUGCUCCGAGAUUACGUAGAUGUCUUUGCCUGGUCCUACGAAGAUAUGCCUGGUUUGGAUACGGACAUCGUAGUACAUAAGAUACCACUGGUGGAAGGAUGCAAGCCGGUUAAGCAGAAGUUAAGGAGAACUCAUCCAGAGAUCUUAAUCAAAGUAAAAGCAGAAAUUGAAAAGCAAUGGAACGCUGGUUUUUUGGAAGUAGUCAAGUAUCCACAGUGGGUGUCAAACAUAGUGGUGGUACCCAAAAAGGAAGGUAAAAUCAGAGUUUGUGUGGACUUUAGGGACUUAAACCGGGCUAGCCCUAAAGAUAAUUUCCCUCUACCACACAUAGAUAUGUUAGUUGAUAAUGCAGCACGCAGCUCCAUAUAUUCCUUUAUGGAUGGAUUUUCAGGCUACAAUCAGAUAAAAAUGGCGCAAGAGGAUAAAGAGAAGACAACCUUUGUAACACCGUGGGGAACAUUUUGCUACAAAGUCAUGCCAUUUGGUUUAAAGAAUGCUGGGGCCACCUACCAAAGGGCUAUGGUGACUUUGUUUCAUGACAUGAUGCACAAAGAGAUUGAAGUAUACGUGGACGACAUGAUUGCUAAAUCUAGAGAGGGAGAGAAUCAUGUCCAAAUAUUGAAGAAAUUGUUUGAAAGACUAAGGAAAUAUAAGUUGAGGCUUAACCCGGCAAAGUGUUCGUUCGGGGUGAAAUCUGGGAAGUUGUUGGGAUUUGUGGUGAGUGAUAAAGGGAUAGAAGUAGAUCCCGACAAAGUAAAGGCUAUUCAAUCUAUGCCACCUCCCAAGACUGAGAAAGAUGUGAGAGGUUUCUUAGGAAGGUUGAAUUACAUUGCUCGGUUUAUAUCUCAAUUAACCACGACUUGUGACCCGAUCUUUCGUUUGUUAAGGAAGAAGAACCCUGGAAGUUGGAAUGAAGAGUGCGAAGAGGCUUUUGAGAAAAUCAAGCAAUACUUGUUGAAUCCGCCCCUGCUUGUUCCUCCUGUGCCAGAAAGGCCAUUGAUAUUAUACCUAACGGUAACAGAAACAGCAAUGGGAUGUGUGCUUGGGCAACACGAUGAAACCGGAAGGAAGGAAAGGGCCAUUUAUUACCUAAGCAAGAAGUUCACGGAAUGUGAGUCUAGGUAUACUGAGAUCGAGAAGCUGUGUUGCGCACUGACAUGGGCUGCAAAGAGAUUACGUCAGUAUAUGUUGUAUCACACUACGUGGUUAAUUUCCAAAUUAGACCCGUUAAGGUACAUUUGUGAAAAACCCUAUCUAUCUAGCCGAAUUGCAAGAUGGCAAGUUCUAUUGGCUGAGUAUGACAUAGUAUAUAUGACAAGGAAAGCUGUGAAAGGGAGCGUUAUUGCCGAUCACCUAGCUGACCAUGCUAUGGAAGAUUAUGAGUCAUUAGACUUUGACUUUCCAGAUGAAGAUGUGCUUGCAAUCGAGGAAGAGAAAUCAGAUUGGUGGAUUAUGUACUUUGAUGGUGCUGUAAAUGCAUGUGGUAACGGAGCUGGUGCGGUGAUAAUCUCUCCUGACAAGAAGCAGUAUCCGGUUUCAAUCAAGCUACAGUUUAGGUGCACCAACAACACGGCUGAGUACGAAGCUUGCAUUCUCGGUUUAGAGGCUGCAUUGGGGCUAAACAUCAAAAAGAUAGAUGUGUAUGGAGACUCAAUGCUGAUCAUUUGCCAAAUAAAAGGAGAAUGGCAAACCAAGGAAGAGAAGUUAAGGCCUUACCAACAAUACCUGUCUAAGCUGACUGGAGAAUUUGAGGAAAUAGAGUUCACCCAUCUAGGAAGGGAAGGAAACCACUUUGCAGAUGCUUUGGCUACACUAGCAUCUAUGGCCAAAAUAGACUUCGAGCACAAGAUACAACCAGUACCCAUCAACAUCAGAAAUAACCCAGCUCAUUGUUGCUCAGUCGAAAGAGAAGUGGAUGGAAACCCUUGGUACUAUGAUGUCAAGAAUUUCAUCCAAAACCAGGCAUAUCCCAUGGGGGCAUCCAAAAUCGACAAGAAGACCUUGAGGAGGUUGGCAAUGGAUUUUUAUCUUGAUGGGGAGAUUUUGUACAAGAAAUCAUCCGACGGGACUUUGUUGAGAUGUUUGGAUGAGUUUGAGGCAAAAAGAGCAUUACGAGAAGUCCAUGAAGGGAUUUGCUCAACCCAUGCUAAUGGACACGUGAUGGCUAGGAAGAUACAAAGAGCCGGUUACUUCUGGAUGACGUUAGAAAAGGAUUGCAUCGACUAUGUCCGAAAAUGUCAUAAGUGCCAAGUAUACAGUGACAAAAUCAACGCCCCUCCAGCUCCUCUAUUUAACUUGACAUCUCCAUGGCCCUUCGCGAUGUGGGGAAUUGAUGUGAUUGGACCUGUAAACCCAAAAGCCAGCAAUGGUCAUAGGUUUAUUCUCGUGGCUAUCGACUACUUUACAAAAUGGGUAGAAGCCGGGUCAUUUGCUCAUGUGACGCAAAAAGUAGUGAAGAAAUUUAUUGAGAGAGAUUUGAUUUGUCGAUAUGGUCCACCAGAAAAGGUUAUCACUGAUAAUGCCCAGAAUUUCAAUGGCAAGAUGAUAAUAGAACUUUGUGCUAAAUGGAAAAUCAAGCAUUCCAACUCUUCGCCGUAUAGACCAAAGAUGAAUGGUGCGGUAGAAGCUGCUAACAAAAAUGUCAAAAAGAUUAUUCAGAAGAUGGUAGUCACCUAUAAGGAUUGGCAUGAGAUGUUGCCAUUUGCCCUUCAUGCGUAUCGCACUGCAGUCCGAACCUCAACAGGAGCCACCCCAUACACGUUGGUAUAUGGAAUGGAGGCGGUUAUGCCUUUAGAAGUGGAAAUCCCCUCAUUGAGAGUACUGGUAGACUCUGAGCUGGAAGAGGUAGAAUGGGCAAAAGUUAGAUAUGAACAGCUAAAUCUGAUCAGUGAAAAGAGGAUAGCCGCAAUUUGUCAUCAUCAACUUUACCAAAGAAGGAUGGCCAAAUCAUACGACAAAAAGGUUCGACCUCGAGGAUUCCACGAAGGAGAUCUUGUACUGAAGAAAAUAUUGCCCUUACCAGGAGAAGAUCAGAGUAAAUGGGCGCCGAACUAUGAGGGCCCUUACGUAGUAAAGAAAGCAUUCUCGGGAGGAGCUUUGCUGUUGUCUAGAAUGGAUGGAGAAGAUCUAGUUAGGCCAGUGAAUUCUGACUCUGUAAGGAAAUAUUACGCUUGA